CUACAACUGUACAAGAAUCAGCCUUGCAAUUCUCCCGGUGCGAUUUCCUUUCGACCCCUAGGCAAUAAUCCCGUUCAGCUCACAGCAGUGAUCCCCAAACCCUGAGGAGGAGUCGAUGGAGGCGGCGGGCACCUGCUGCGAGAUCGCGCGCCUGCCGGAGGAGCUCCUCUCGGCUGUUCUUGCCCUCACCACGCCGCGGGACGCCUGCCGCGCCGCCGCGGUGUCCCGUGACUUCCUCGCCGCAGCCGACUCUGGCGCCGUCUGGUCCCGCUUCCAGCCCCACGACCUCCCGCCGCUCGCCGAUGGGGAGCUCUCCGGCCCCGCGCCGCCGUCCACGAAAGGGAAAUUUCUCCGCCUCUGCGAUCGUCCCGUUCUACUCGCCGAUGGCCUCAUGAGCAUGUCGUUGGACAGGGAGACAGGCGCCAGGUGCUACAUGCUCUCGGCGAGGGCGCUGCACAUCUCGUGGGGAGACACGCCGGAGUACUGGCGCUGGAUCCGUCUCCCCGAAUCCAGGUUCAGGUUCACCGAAGUUGCUAAACUUCGGUAUGUUUGGUGGCUCGAAGCACGGGGCAGGAUACGCAGCAAAAUGCUCUCUCAAGACUCAACUUAUGCAGCUUACAUUGUGUUCAAGACAACUCAUCGACAUGGUCAUGGGUUGGAUUAUCCACCCCAUGAGGCAUCAAUCACCAUUGCAGGAAGCACAUCAACUCACACAGUCUGUCUCCAAUACAAUAGGAGCCACCGACAUGACUUUGCCGGAAACCUGGCAUUGUUCCCUAACAAAAGGACCGAUGGGUGGAUGGAGCUGGAGAUGGGUCAGUUCUACAACAAGGAUGGUGAGGUGCACAUCAGCCUCAUGGAUACAAAAAGAGGCACUGUGAAGAGAGGUCUUAUUGUGCAGGGCAUUGAGAUUAGACCUAAGGGAGGUCUUAAUCAGCACACUUCUGCUAAAAUAGGAGGCCAAUGAACCAGUUGAUCAGCAUGCAAACUACAGGAACUUGGGUGCAAAGUGCUGUGACAGUGACACUAUCCCUGGAUUUUGAGAGAGAUGUUAUUUUGAAUAGCACAUGUCUCUUGGUUCUGCUAGUAGUUCAUUUUUGUAUAAAGUUACUUCGCAUACAUGCUUAAUUUUGGUAC